UAUUUGCAUCCGGUGUCAAUUAGUGCAGAUGAUUAAAAUAGGUCAUUUUAAAAUGACGUCUACAAAAUCAUUCAGUCAUCAAAAUAACAGGUGUCAGUCAAUGACAAAGUUCCAGACAAAACAGUUUUAAAUAAAUUUGCUGCGUUUUUUUACAAUGUUGGAGGAACAAGAGAGUUUCACUGAGCUUCCAGCUUUCACUGGUAUCUAUAAAUCGUUAAUGACUAACAACACUGAACUGAACAUGUCAGUAGAUAGAACGUUUAGCUGUGAGUCGACAGAUACAGCCUCUGAAAUGUUGUAUGAUUCAUUUGACCAUGAUAAAUUCCUAUCCGAUGUAGAAGAUUCAUGUUUCCUAGACGACAUCACCGAGGCAGAUAUAACGGCUUGUAUAAGUAAUGACCAGGUUGAAAGUUUUGAUUUUAUAUUUUGGUUGAAGAAGUUGGGAGGAAAAAUAGGAAAAUGUUACAAUGGUGGCAAAGAUAAUGAGCUUGCAAUAAUUUCGGGAGCAAUAGACUAUAUCAAAUAUUUGAAAUGGUACAACGAAGGCACCUUAGAAACAGCGUCCCCUCUUAGUAUAUGUAGCCAGUCUAGCAUAGAAGCAGAUUACUCACCGGAAUACGGAGUACCAACUGAUUUAAAUGCAACUUUCAGACGGAAGUUAAGUUUUGGAGAAGAUACAACAAUAUCUAACAAUGGACUUCAACAUCAAAACAACCCACAAGUGUAUACUAAUGAAGUUUCCAGUAAUGUUUAUGAUCCUUGUUCUGCAAAUCCCCAGAAUUGGCGGCGUUUGUAUGAAGAAGACAGUCAAAGUACCCUUGUUGGAAACAUAGAUGAAGAAGCCAGAAGAUAUACGGAUAAACAUGAAGAAUUCAGCGACAUGAGUUUUGCAGACGAUAGCAUAGACAAUAGAAACAAAGAGAACAGUUUUUCUGUAGAUAUGAAUUGCAGUGAAAAUGCAAACUGGAGUUUUAUGCAUCAAAACUGUCAAAAUAUUAACACUGAAAUUUAUACAUCCAUCCAACAGAUGUGUCUCGUUCAGGGCGAGACUUCUUGUGAAAGCACACUAAACAGUAGACUAACCAUAGAGACUUCCAGUAGUAACGAUGGGCCGACUGAAGAAGAACUUAUUCAGUACUAUUGUAAACAGUACCCGACUCUGUCAAGUUUGUUAACAUUUCAUUAUAGUUCCGACGAGAGUGACAAGCCAGUGAAUAGAAGAACAAAGCAGAAAAGAAGAACAAAGCGAAAAGCAAAAAGACGGACAGAUAAGAAGACCAAGUCUGGGUCUGGUAACAGUAGGACGGGGGACCAUGCUGUAGACUCUACACAGGUAGUGGAAGCAGAUUCAACUACUACUUCUCCGGAAAAAGGCACGCAAAAAGCUGGACAACAGAAAUCUAGUAAAAGGUCCAGUGGUUUAAAAAGACCAAAGAAUGGCUUUAUAAGGUUUUCUAUCGAAUACAGAAAAAUACUUGCCGAGAAACAUCCAAAUCUUGACAACAGGGACGUUUCAAAAAUGCUUGGUCAAAAAUGGAGAAAAAUGACACCAGAAGAGAGAAAACCUUAUGAGUAA